UACAUUUCUGUAAACAAGGACGGUGUAUCACUUUGUUAUUGGAGAUUAUACAUUUAUUUUAAAUUGCUGAAGUUGGACGAUACUUGCCUUGGAUUCAGAUAAUGUCUCGAUAUCAUCGUUUUCCUACAGACUCCAUCCUAGAUCGAGCCAUAGACAUACACACAAGAUCAGUUACUAAUGGCAUAAGUGAGUCAGGCUGGAAUAACCCCGCACGAACUGUUACUUUCUUGGAUGAUGAAAAAGACGAUGCAACAGUCAGAUCGGAUAGCCAUGGUCAUUAUAAGAAGGAUAAUGAAGAUACACCAGCCAGAUCAGACAGACGUGGGCACCAUCGAAGUGACAAACAUGUCACGGUUGACUUUGUGGACACUUUGAGUAAACAAAAUUCAAAAGAACACAACACUCACAAAUUUGAUCGAGUGUACACGGGAGGACUGGUCACAAGAAGAGGGCAACAUUUUGAUGUCAUACUCCGAUUCAAUAAAAAGUUUGAUCCCGCUGCCACCACAGUACGAUUUGUUUUUACUACAAGUGAAAAUCCAAGACCCGGAAAUGGUACACAUGUUGAUUUCAUACUGUCUAAAGAGCUAAAGCGAAACGAUUGGUCUGCAGUCAUAGCUGAGAAGCAAUCAAAAACAGAAUAUAUGGUAACCAUAUCAACGCCUGCAAACUGUAUAGUGUCAAACUGGCAACUUGUUGUAGAAACUAUAUCAGCAACUGAAGGUCAACCAGUGACCUCUGUAUACGUUCACCCUACCUUGAUAUUUAUACUGUUUAACCCUUGGUGUAAAGAUGACGAUGUAUACUUUGACAACACGUCUCUCCUCAAGGAAUAUGUUCUCAAUGAUAGUGGUGUAAUAUUUCAUGGAAACUAUAAACAAAUUGGCGCUAAACCUUGGUUUUUUGGACAGUUUGAGGAUGGCAUUCUAGAAAUAUGUCUGUGGUGUGUCCAGAAAGGCUUUAACAAUAACAUAUCAAAGUCUAUGGCAGAUCCUGUCAGAGUGUCCAGAGCUAUCUCUCAAAUUGUAAACUCGAACGAUGACAACGGUAUUUUAACUGGCAAAUGGGACUCCGACUAUGUAGACGGAAUAGCACCACUCAAGUGGAACGGCAGUGUCCGCAUUCUUAAACAGCAUGCUAAUACCAAAAAGGCAGUCAAAUACGGACAAUGUUUCACCUUUUCUGGAGUGGUCACUACAGUUUGUAGAGCCCUUGGUCUUCCGUGUAGGAACGUGACUAACUUUGCCUCGGCACACGACUCGGAUGGUACUGUAACAGUCGAUGUAUACUGGGAUUUAGAAAGAAAGGAAAAUGUUGAAGGGAUAGGUAAAAGUGAUUCUGUAUGGAAUUUCCACUGUUGGAAUGAUGUAUGGAUGAGACGGAAUGACCUUCCAUACGGAAACAAUGGCUGGCAGGUGAUAGAUGCUACUCCUCAGGAGCGUAGUACCGGGAUGUUUCAGUGUGGACCUAUGUCUGUUGCUGCUAUCAAAUCUGGUAAUUGUGAGUUAUUGUAUGAUGGCCCAUUCGUCUUUGCUGAAGUUAAUGCCGACAAAGUUAACUGGGGACGUGAUGGAGGACAGUGGUUUAUUUUAUCAUUGGACAAAAGCGCUAUAGGUCACAAUAUUAGUACAAAGGUACCUGAUGGAAAGCCGGCCAGACCACACUUGACUGAUACGUCGAUAAUUCGGCAAGACAUCACAGACGAAUAUAAGUACAAAGAUGAAUCUGAGAGGGAACGAUUAGCUGUGAUAUCUGCCAGUAGAUCUGCCGUUGUAAAACGACCUGUUUACAACAUUGGAUAUCAGGAUGUUAUAUUUGGUGGAUUUGAACACAGGGAUUACAUUUUAAUUGGGAAAGAUUUUAAAGUUUCAUUAACUUUCCGCAAUAUCGGCGAUCAAAUGAGGACAUUGAAAGGGAAAAUUGUAUGCGAGACAGUGUCCUAUAUUGGUGUCAAACAGGAUGUUGUGAAAGAGUAUUCUUUUUCUACGCAGCUUGCCCCUAGAACAGAGGGGGAAUCGUCGUUGGAGGUCAAAUUAAUGGAUUAUCUACCUAAAAUUAGUGAACAAAUGUCUAUGAAAGUGUCAGCAGUUGUUCAGAUAGAAGAAACAGGUCAUAUUCAGGCAUUCCAAGAUGAUUUUAGACUUAGAAAACCUGACAUUCAAGUAGAGGUACUGGAUAACAAUAUGCGUGUAGGACAUCCAUUCAAAUGUCGAUUAUCUUUUGUUAAUCCAUUGCCAGCUCGUCUAGCUAACUGUGUUUUAACUGUGGAAGGACCUGGAUUAGAUGCCGAAGAACAAUUUAAUUUAAGCAACAUUGGUUCACAUCAAGAAUGGGCAGCUAUUUUGGAAUUGACGCCGAAAAAACCUGGCAGAAGACAAAUAUCUGUGUCACUAGACACACAUCAGAUUCAUGAUAUAUCUGGUGUGGAAGAAAUCAAAGUCUACCCAUGACGUAGAAAUGUCGACAAUAUUUCAUAUAAAGUACUCAAAAUAUUAUGCUUGAAAUAUCCCAUGUGAUAGUGUUGAACGCUUAAAACUGUGUUAUAACAGGACAAAGAAUUAGACUGAAAAAUCGAUCAAAAGAUUUUAAGUUGGGUUUCUGCAUCGCAAAACUCAAUGUGCUAAAUUUAGUUUGCUUUAAGGUUUGCGUCAUAACGCAAAUGUUUGUGUUAUCUCGCAAACUUAGGAAGAAAUAUCAAAAACAGUUUGUGUGGCGCUAAUACGCUUCAGUAGUUUUUUUAGGUUUUUAUUAUUAAUAAUUAUAUUUUUGUAUCUCGUAUUUAAUUUUUAUGUUUCAUUAAAUGAUGGAAUUCAAUAAAAUGAAACGACUAACUGACUAUUAUCAUUACUUGAACCAAUUAGAAUCGAGGCAAUACUGUCAAUAUAUUCUUGACACUGAAUGGCCUCUGUUUAAUUGUUGGUUUUUCUUCUUUGAAUAUAUGUAUAAAUUUUUUGUUGUACAUGCAAGUCAAUGGAUAAUAAUGUAUAAUUCUUGUUGCAUGUUUUUAAAAUAUGAAGUAAAAGUUGUGUCAUUGGU